AUGAGAAAAGAAUUGAAAUGCAUUAUUUGGGCCCAUGUUGGUCUAAUUGUUUAUCUAUUGUAUUUAUCAUUUGAUUUACUUUCAUUAUUAAAUGAUGAUAUUUUCAGUGAUGCAUUAUUAGAUGUUGAAAUUAAUCCUAACCCUAGUACCACAUUAAAUAAACCAGCUAUUAUCCCGAAAAUUAUCCAUCAAACUUAUAAAACCACUGAUAUCCCAGAAAUUUGGAAACCUGGUCAACAAGCUUGUAUCAAUCUUCAUCAAGAUGAUUAUCAAUAUUUCUUAUGGACCGACGAACUGGCUCGUGAAUUCAUCAAUAAGGAAUUCAAUUGGUUUAUUGACACUUGGGAUAAUUAUAAAUAUCCUAUUCAACGAGCAGAUGCUAUUCGUUAUUUUGCCUUGUAUUAUUACGGUGGGAUUUAUAUUGACUUAGAUGAUGGUUGUAAACGUAAAUUAGACCCCUUACUUACAGUGCCAGCUUUUGUUCGUAAAACUGCCCCCACCGGGAUCUCCAAUGAUGUUAUGGGUAGUGUUCCUAAUCAUCCUUUCUUCUUGAAAGUAAUUCAAGAUUUAGAAAAAUAUCAACGUAAUUGGUUGGUGCCGUAUAUCACCAUCAUGAUGUCAACAGGACCAUUAUUUUUAUCCAUCAUGUGGAAACAAUAUAAACGUUGGGGUGUUCCCGAAGCUGGGAAAGUGCGGAUUUUAUUACCUCAAAAUUAUAAAGGAACUACAUCAUCAUAUUUUGCCAUAGUUCGAGGCUCUUCUUGGCAUAUGGGUGAUGCUAAUUUCAUUAAAAGUUUGGGUGAUCAUUUGGUAUUGGCAGUAAUUGGUGGGUUUUUACUUGGUUUAUUAAUUUUAUUUAUGGAAUAUUUGUUUUAUUCCUGGUUAAUCUCAAGUCAAUGCAAAAGAUUGACUAGUAAAAUUAUCAGUUUAACUUGGGCCAUCUUAAUGGGGGUUUUAAGAUUUUUCCAUUUAGAUAAACUUCUAUCUAAAUGUGAUUUUUGGAGUCGUUCUAGUAAAUAUGACGAAUUGGUUUUACCAAAAGACAGUAAUGAUUUGAAAAAUAUCAACAACAAUAAUAACAACAACAACAACACUAAUGGUGGUGCCGAUAACAAUGGUAAUGAUAAGAGUGAGUACAAUAGUAAUAAUAAUAAUAGCACCAACAAUAAUAACAACAACAACAACAACAACAACAACAACAACAACAACACUGGAAAAACUAGAUUAUCAUCAAUUUUCAAUAUUUUGGGUGGUAAAACAAAGGUUAAAAGAAGAAAUCGUAAAGAUUCAAAUUUACCUAUUGAAAUUGAUGUUUUGAGUAAACUUCUUGAUGAUACAGUAAUAAUAGACGCUUCUACCACUGAAACCCCUACUAACGCAAUUACUCCAAUUUCACCAACUAUCAAUUCAAAGACUUCUAAUAAUGAACUUUUAAUUCCAACCAUCAAUAAUACUAAUGAUACUAAUAAUGUUAAUAAUAAAAACACUUGCGAUGAUCAAUCAACUUUACUUCCUUAUUCGACUCGAUUAUCAUCAUCAUCAUCAUCGUCAUCUCGUUCAUCUUCUACUUCUUCAUUGCCUAGUCAUGAAACUAUAAUGAAAUUAAAUAAUGAUAUUGUAUAA